AUGUCUCGUAGAGGUGUUAAAAAACCAAGACCUUCAAAAGUUUGUCUAACAUGUCGUAGACGUAAAGUUAAAUGUGACCAGCAACAUCCUUCAUGUAUGAGAUGUAUCAAAUCAUCGACUUUAUGUACUUAUACUUAUUCCACUCCCGUAUCAGAUGACUCUCUUCCAGAUUCUUUAGAUACUCCAAAAAGUAUGUCACAACCGAAAAAAAGUGUAAUGCCAACAACAGACCAGCUUAUGACAAUAGGUUAUACUCAUACUCCAUCUUCAAUAACGGAUCAUCAUGAUUUUAAUAAUAAUUUACCACCAUCAGAGGUAUCACCAUCAGAGUUACCAAAUGCAAACUUGACAAAUUCAAACUUGCCAAACUCUCCUCUCAUAUUAUCCCUUUGGCAUCCAAGUGAUACGAUGGUUGCAUAUGGUACUAUCACUUUUAUUGAACCACCAUUUGGCUUACAUACUAUUGUUCAAAGUGAUCAUUUCUCAAGAGCAUUUGCAGGAGCCGCUCAUGGUACAGCACUUUUCGAAUUACAAGAUAGUGUCAUUUUAAAUUCAGAAGGGAAACUAGUUCCAAGAUUAACAAAUUCUACCACCACUACAACAGCAGCCACUGCUAAAGAAGUUAGUUUACUGGUAUUCUUGGAAAAUGCUAUAAAGACAAGUAUUCAAUUCCAAAAAUUAUCUACUGAAAAUGUGCCGCCUGUAAAUUUCAUUUAUAGUUCAUAUGAUAUCAAUUCUAAUGUAAACCCAUUAUCAUUACCCAUUUUAAAGACUCUUUUGACAGAGAUUGAAAUAUUAUUAAUGGAUAGAGAAACUAUCGAUUCUCUAUUAAAGACUUUUUAUCAAGACAUUUACCCCUUAUUCCCCAUCUUGGAAAUUAAUGAUUUCGAAGAUGAAUUAAAGGAAAUCUUUGAUUUAUCAAUACCAAAUAGAUUACAAAUUAAUAUUGGUGAUGAAAAUGUUCGGAAAAAACUAGAAACAUUAACUCUUUUCUUGAUUAUAAUUACAAUCUCCUUAAAAUGUUAUUCUAUUGAUCCGCAAAGGAAAACGAUACAAGGUAAAGAUGCAUUACAAUAUGCAAGACAAUUUUCAUUAUUAUCACAUAAAUUAUUAUACUUGUUAAACGUUUUCAAAUAUACAAAUGAAUUAUCUCUCUGUUGUCUAUUGUAUUUCUAUAUUGCAGAAUAUUUAAAUCCAGAAAGUUUGAAAAACCAUGCCAAUAAUGAAACUUUAUUAUCAAUCAAAUGUUUGUACCAAAUGGCUUUGACUUUGGGUCUUUAUAAUGAGCCAACUAAAUAUGAUAGAUUAAUCUCUUCUAAUGGGAUAACUACUUCCGGAUUGAAUUUUAGAAGAAAACUUUGGUUUGGCCUUCAAAUGAUUAUAAUGCAAACUUCUUUAAGUGAAGGUGAUAUGUUUGGAAGUGAAGAUAUUUAUUUAAAUUUAUUCAUGCGAGAUGCUUCUUCUGAUAAAACUCCGAUGGAUAUGUUUGAAGAUAACAACGCGCCAGGUUUCGAUUCCACUUUAUCACAAAUAUUAUUAGAUCAAUAUAAAUUCCAUAUAUCUAUGGUUCAUUUAAUUCAAAGUUUACAAUAUUUUACUGGAAAUGCUAAUUUAUCCACAGUUUUAGAAAAUGUGGAAAUUUUAAAAUCAAUAUUAGAUAAAAAAUUUCCCCUAUCAAAAUUAAAAUCAAAUAGCCCCACUGGAUUUUUGAAUAAUAAUGAAUCUUCUUGGAGAGGUGCUACCCUUAACGCUUAUCACUUACAAAAUGCCACUCUUUUACGUAUCAAUAUCUUAGGUUAUAGUACUUUAUUAAACAUCUAUCAAACUUUAUUAUUCCAUUUCGAAGAACUUUGUAAAAAGGAUGCUAUCAAAUAUUCUCCUUAUUAUCAUGAUUUUACUUCAAAGGCAAUCUCAUCCUAUUGCCAAUUAUUCACAAUCGUUUCUGAAUAUCAACAAGAAAAAUAUAAAUCACAUAUCCCAACAAAUUUCAAAUUUGCAAUUAAUAGAUUGAUUUGUUUUACCAUAGUAAAGUUAUGGAUUUUCCAAUCUUCUUGUCUAUUAAGAAUAGCUUUUAAAAAAUUGCAAUUAAAUAUUACUUCAAAUGAUUCUAAUAAUCGAGUUGGAAAUAAUAACCCUCCAACUUUGCAAGAUAAUACUAUUAAUAAUAUUCUCAAUUCAAUAAAUGAUACUUUUACUUCUAAUAUGCGUGUACUUAACGGGUUUGCUAAUGAUCUGGGACAAUCAUAUAUUAGUAUUUCGGUGGCUUGUUCCAUGUUUAAAUAUAUUCAUUAUUUAGCAAAGAAUAAUGCAUUAACUACUUAUACAAAUCGAUUUUGGAGUAAUGGAUUUGAAGGUAAAAGUAUCCCAGUUUCGGUUCAAAGAAAAAUUGCAAUGAAAUGGGGAUUAAAUAUUAAAAAUUCUCAUAAAGUAAUGCAUAACUUAAAUAAUCCAGAAACUUUGGCUUCAUAUAAUCAACCCAUUUUAAAUGAGAUAUUAACUAUUCUUUCCAAUUAUAAUCCUAUAGUUUUCAAUAAAAGAGAUGAAUUAGAGCCUCAAUUAGAAUAUAAUUUAUCACAAGGUGUUACUGAAGAUUUAAUGAAUCAAUUUUUGGAAAAUAAUUUAGAAUGGGUUACAGAUGUUAUUAAUGAAAGUUUGGGAGAAUUACCAAACUUCUAUUAA